AUGCUCGCAUCGCUUCUCCGGCCGCGAAAGGGUCGGCGCCGACCCGAACGUUCACCCUACGCCUCGCCCAUUGCGCAGCGCGCCGACGGACGGAACGCCGACGGCUACUUCGACCGCGACCACCCCGACCAUGGCUCCGACGGCGACGAGGACCAGUACGACGCCGGCGGCGAGGACGACGACGACCACGACCCCGUGCUGCCCAUCUUCAGUGCCGAGCAUCUCGACCGCCUCCCGAUCUACAACAUUACGCACUCCAUAAGACUGCUGGUCCUCCAGCGCUGCGAGACGACCCUGUCCUGGGACCAGCUGCGCUCACCGCAAGUCUCCCAGUUCCUUGUGAAGCCCAUCCAGCAGGAAAUUCGCGCAACCUUCUUCUCGCGCGGCACGCUGUACGCCUUGAUCGCCAAUUGCUUGAACUUCCAGAAACAGGGCGAGGCAAACCCGGGAAAUGUGGGCGUGGAGCGCACCCGCGGCCUGAUCUGCGAGCUGCUGGCCAUGCGCCUGCUCAAGGAGUUUUCGACCCGUGAGCUCAUCGAUGCACUCUCCUACGAUUUCGACCCUAUGCAGGGGUUCACGCCUGUCCCGGCCACCGGCCGCGACAAGCCAAUGACGCAGUCUCGCUUGGCGCGCAUAUCCGCCGUCGAGAUUGCUAUUCGCGCGCAGGCGAAGAGGUUCCUCGCACAUCCGCUAGUAGUGCAGCAGCUGGAGGCUAUAUGGUCCGGCACUAUCGUCUUCCACUCGUACGCCGAUAGCCUGCAUAGGUCGCCCGCGAAGCGCAGUGUUCUGCGCGGGCCAAAUUAUGGCACCAUGGACAAUGACGCGCGCUCGCCGAGGAAACUGGAUGAAGCUGAGCGUGUGCCGUCCGCGUUGAUUCGUAGGACAGUGACCUUGUACGACCCGCGCGAGGCUUCCCUGUUCAAGCUGUCUCGCCUGCGUGUGCCGCGGUACAGACAGCUGUUCUCCACGUGCUCGUUCGCCGUUAUGCUUGGCCUUUUCUUGGCCGUGCUUGCGGGCAAGUCCACCGACAUUACCGCCCUGGAGGUGGUGUUUUGGUUUUGGUCGGCAGGGUAUCUCCUCGAGGAAAUCGUCGCCUACACGGAGCAGGGCUUCAAUCUAUACAUCCUUAGCGUUUGGAAUGCAUUCGACCUUGGCAUCCUACUCCUGUUCAUGGCCUACUACAUUCUGAGAUUGUAUGGCAUCCUCAUGCCCGAUGUCCGCAAGAACCAUGUAGCAGGUUUGGCUUAUGACGUUCUUGCUUCCACGGCGGUGCUGCUGUUUCCCAGGCUCUUCUCCGUCCUGGAUCACUACCGGUACUUCUCGCAGUUGCUGAUUGCCUUCCGGAUGAUGGCCAUGGACCUCAUGGCUAUCCUCAUCCUUAUCGUCAUCGCUUGUAGCGGUUUCUUCGUGGCCUUCACUCUAGCAUUUGGCGAUGGGCUUACUUCGGCCGGAAGUGCAGCAUACGCGCUUUUCCAGUUGCUCAUGGGCUUCUCUCCGGCUGCCUGGGACCUGUGGGGUCAAUACAACAUGCUUGGGAGAGCUGUGCUUGUCCUUUUCCUGUUCAUCACUCACUUCCUUAUUGUUACCAUCUUGAUUACGGUUUUAACGAAUUCAUUCAUGGCAGUUGUGCAGAACGCAAACGAGGAGCACCAGUUCCUGUUCGCGGUGAAUGCCAUCUCGAUGGUCAAAUCGGACGCCCUUUUCUCCUACAUCGCACCAACCAACAUCAUCGCAUGGCUCUUGACGCCAUUACGAUACAUGAUGCCUUUCCGCUCGUUCGUGAAGAUGAAUCGUCAAUUCAUCAAGGUCACCCAUUUCCCGAUCCUUUUUGCAAUCUUCUCCUACGAGCGGUUGAUCCUAUCGCGGGCUGCCUUCCAGCCCGAAGAACUCGUAGAACGACGGGGACGCAGUCGGACAAAGGUGCCAGCGGUGUUCGCCCUUCACGGUGCUGGCGAUCUUUUCAGCCCCGGGACACGCCUACGUGAGCCUUCUAUCACCACAUUCCACAAGGAUCGUGCCCUCGAUGAAGUGUUCCGUCGGCCUUUCCGGGGACCAACUCCCACUGCUCGCCAUCCUGUCAACGCCGGCACCGACGAUAGACGAAAGUCCAGCAAUGUGGUCCGUGACUGGAUGCAAGGUAUGGGUCACGAAGGAGGAGCUUCACCCCCUGAAGAAGAACCCAGAUCUGUUCUCGAUCGGUUGGAGCAAACGAAACGGCCGGGUAUGCGUCGCGCAAGAACUUCCAGGAUGUUGCCUUCACGCAGGACACAGCCCAUGGCAAGAUCAGUGGCCUCGGAUCCAGAUAUCGCCCCGACAAAUGUCGCGCUGUCUCAUUAUGGUCGCGGGUUUGGCGGAACCAGUCUUAUGAGCUUGGACGAACAACCGCAGCAAACGGAUGCUGAUGGCGACGAUGAACUUCUCACGAACGACGAUAACGAGGACGAUAGACUCACCUUGGGUCAGUCACUUCGUGACGGGCCUCAUCAUCUGGACUCUCACAAGGUAUACGAGACAAUUGAAGAGUCGUCCGGGGGAGAGGAGUACUUCAAGACUCCGGUUGCCCCAAAAUCGCGGACUCCUCUUAUCCCCGGCUCCGUGUCCUCGACAAUUCAUAUUCCACCAUCUCUACCGAAACAAUCGUCUGGCCAAGAACGCCGGCAUCACAGCCGCAACAUUUCCACCAACACCGUCUUCUUCAAGCCGGAAAAGAACAGCUUCGGCUCGGACCAUGACUCGAACUCGACGUCGCCGGCCAAGCGCCCAUCCACCGCGCACCGCAGCGGCGCGGCAACCCCGAUGACCAAGAUGACGCCGAAACGCCCAACCGGAAGCCGCGUGAACCCUUCACCGCGCCCCAACGUGUCUCAGUCCAACCUCCUCGGCAUCGGCUUCGGGAAGCUCCCUCGCCCACCCCGCUCCAACAACCGCGACCCAUCCUUCAACGCCCUGGCCCUCGAUCUCGCGUCCGACCUCGGCGACAACCGGCCCCGUCCGGAGCUGCCGGGCCUGCAGGGCCUGUCGGCCAGCUUCUCGACGCAGAUGGAGAUGGCGGCGAUGGGCGCGCGGCGCUUCCCCCGCAAGAAGAAGCGCCGCGACGUGGCGUCGAACGAGGACGGCGGCGACGACGAUGACGACGACGACGACGACGACGUGGAGGAAGACGACGAGGAGGAGGACCGCUCGCGCACGAACAGGAUCCUGCUGGCGCGCAUGAACACGCUGGAGGAGAGCUUCAAGGAGGUGCUGAAGGAGGUGCGCGGCCUCCGGACGACGACGACGCCACCGCAGCAGCCCGACAAUAACAACGGUGGCAAGAAGGGUGGCAAGGGCAAGGGCAAGGGCACGAAGACGCCGGUGAAUACGGGGUCGAGGACGCCUGGGGCCAGCUCGGCGGGUGGAGGCAGCACGGGGACGGGUGGGACGGUGUCGACGGCCAUUCAUGACAGAGCUGGCGAUGUCGGCGGUGAUGAUGAUCACGAUGAUGAUGACCGGUCCUCGAUUAGGAGGAUUGAGGAAGAGGAGCAUGAGGGGGACGGGGACUCGUCGAGGUCGUCGAUUUGA